AUGGCGGAUCGUGUGCUUGUGAUUGGCAGCGGAGGCCGGGAACAUGCUCUGGCUUGGAAACUGGCGCAGUCUCCACACGUGAAGCAGGUGCUGGUCGCUCCAGGAAAUGCAGGAACAGCGAGUGAUGGGAAGAUCUCUAACUCAGCUGUUUUAAUUAGCAACCAUACUAUUCUUGCCCAGUUCUGCAAAGAUCAUAACAUUGGAUUUGUGAUUGCUGGACCAGAAGUGAUGCUUACAGCUGGAAUUGUUGAUGACUUGAUAGCCGCUGGAGUUAGCUGUUUUGGCCCUACAGCGAGAGCAGCACAAUUGGGAGCAAACAGGCAUUUCAGUAAAGUCUUUCUUGAGAAACAUGACAUUCCCACGGCAAGAUGGAAGGCAUUCACCAGUUCUCGUGAAGCUUGCACCUUUAUUAACAAUGUCGAUUUUCCUGCAUUGGUGGUAAAACCUAGUGGAUUUGGACAUAGAAAAGAAGUCAUUAUUGCAUCAAACAGAGAAGAAGCUUGCAAGGCAACACAAGAAAUUCUGCAGGGCAACAUUUUUGGCGACUAUCGAGAAACAGUUAUUGUCGAAGAACUUCUUAAAGGCGAAGAAUAUUCUUUUCUCUGCUUUGUGGAUAGAGAUACUUUUACUUCCAUGCCACCAGUCCAAGUCCAGAAGCAACUUCUGGAUGGAGAACAAGGUCCAAGCACUGUUGGAAUGGGAGCUUAUGGGCCUGUACCUCAGGUUUCUGAAGUUCUCCUAGAAAAAAUUAAAAGCACACUUCUUCAACACAUUAUUGACUGCAUGGGGCAAGAAGGCAUGUCAUAUGUAGGUGUGCUGCAAAUAGAAUUAAUACUUACAAAAGAUGGCGUGAAAGUUUUAAGCAUGGACUGUAACUUUGGUGACCUUCAGUGUCAGGUAGUUCUUCGACUUCUUAGCAAUGAUCUAUGUGAAGUGAUCCAAGCUGCUAUCGAUGGCAAACUCCGUGAUGUGACAUUAUCUUGGUCAGAUAAUUUAACUGCGGUGGCAAUUGUCAUGGCAUGUGAAGGCUGUCCUGCACAGAGCACAGAGAUCACUGGACUACUUCAGGCCAAGGAAUUGGGACUCGAGAUCUUUCAUGGAGCAACCAUAAAAAAGAAUGAUAGAGUGUUGACUAAUGGAAGCAGAGUCUUGGCAGUAACAGCUCUCCAGCAGGGGCUCAUGUCAGCACUUGAAGAAGCUUACAAGGGACUAGAAGUAAUUUAUUUCCCAGAUGCAACAUACAGAAAGGAUGUGGGCUUUCUGACUUUGAAAUUCCUUGGGCAGUCUGUGAGCCCAUUAUAUGAAGACAUUGUUUGCAGUAUCUUGAGCCACCCACCUAAGCUUCCAGCUCCCAGUGGUUCCAAGCCAGGCAACGAUGAGGAGCAGCAAGGCACACCUGCCUUCUUCGAUUUGAGAGCAUCUGGUUAUGUUGAUCCCAUUCUAGUAUCUCAAAUUAAAAGCAUUGGUACAAAACAGAAGAUUGCCGAACUCUGCAAUAACCAUGACACGAUUGGUCAGGAUUUGGUUGCCAUGUGUGUUAAUGAAAUCUUAGCUCAGGGAGCGGAGCCCCUCUUUUUUCUCAAUCAUUUUGCCUUUGAAAAACUGGAUGUUGGAGUAGCUCAGGUGAUCACUGAUGGCAUUGCAGAAGCUUGUGAUCAGGCAGGAUGUCUUCUCCUUGCAAGAGAGGCCAGUGAAAUGUCUGGCACCUGGGCAUCUGGUGAAUACCACCUUGUUGGCUUUGCAGUUGGUGCUGUGGAACGAGGAAGGCAUCUUCCCCAGCAGGAGAAGGUUGCCAGUGGGGAUCUUGUCAUUGGGAUUGCUUCUUCUGGUCUUCACAGCCAAGGAUUUAGUCUAGUGAGGAAGAUUAUUUCAACAUCAUCGCCACACUAUUUGUCUUCAGUUCCUGUUGGGUGUAACAGCUGCUGUUCUUUGGGAGAGCAGUUGCUAACCCCGUCCAAAAUCUAUAGCAAAGCCCUGUUGCCUCUCUUCCGUUUGGGAAAUGUAAAGGCCUGCCUCCAUAUUGCUGAAAAGGGAUUGAUGGGGAGCUUUUCCCAAAUUCUUCCAGAAAAAGUUAGUGUAGUUUUGGAUGCUCAUUGUUGGAAGAUACCUUCCAUAUUUUCUUGGCUCCAAGAAGAGGGAAAUCUUUCAGAAGAAGAGAUGAUGAAAACAUUCAACUGUGGGAUUGGUGCUGUGUUGGUGGUACAGAAAGAGGUUGCUGGGCAGGUUUUGAAGGAUGUCCAAAAAUAUGAGGAUGCGUGGCUGAUUGGGAAAGUCAUCCAUCAUAUUUCAGGGUAUCCUCAAGUAGAAAUCAGAAACCUGUUUGAAGUGUUGCUGCAAAGUAAACACCACUAUCCUAUGAGUAUUUCUGCUGUAGAGGGGCAGUUCCAGAACAUGCAUAGAAAAAGCAAAGUUAAAGUAGCUGUUCUUAUUUCUGGAACAGGUACAAGCCUUACAGCACUUCUCUCAUAUGCAAAAGAGCCAUCAAGCAGCGCACAGAUAGUCCUUGUAAUUGCUGACAGGUCUGGGGUGGAUGAACUGAAGAAUGCAACCCUGGCUGGCAUCCCUACCAGAGUAAUUGAUCACAAACUGUAUGGAAGCCGAGCAGAAUAUGAUGGCACCAUUGAUAGAGUUCUUGAAGAAUUUUCAGUCGAACUGAUUUGUCUUGCUAGAUUUACAAGAGUUUUGAGUAGCGACUUCCUUAGAAAAUGGAAAGGAAAAAUCUUGGGCACUUACCCAACACUUUCACAUUUAACCAAAGGAGAGAAGGCUCACAAGCUGGCAAGCUCAUCCACAGACAAAACUGCUGGCUGUACAGUGCAUUUUGUACUUGAGAAUACUAACCUUGAAGCAAUGAUUUUACAAGAGCCUACCUCAGUGAAAGCAGAAGACACGGAGGAAACUUUGGUGGAAAAGAUAAGAGAAGCGGAAAGCAGAGCAUUUCCAAUUGCUUUGGAGCUGGUUGCAAGUGGAAUGGUGCAGUUAGCAAUGGACAGUAAAAUCUGGAACCAAGAAAGUCAUAAAAUGAUCCGUCAAAAGGAAAAGCAGGACUAUUUCUACUCCUAAAAUCAUCUUUGAUGGUUAAUUACAGCUAUUGAAAGUACUCUUGACUGUAGCAAAAGCUAAGUUUCUUCAUUCCUGAAUGUGAUCUCUGUCUUUUCUUUUUUUCUUUUUUUUUACCAGAAGGCAGUGGCUUCCCACCUGCCAUUGUUUCCUUUGCUAUGAUAAAAUUGGGCUUCAGGAACACUGUAAUCUUGAAUCUAUAUGCC